GUGAUGGUGGUGUGGGCAAUAAAGGGGCCUUCAGUUGGCACCAAGCCUUCACCAACGCCAUGUUCCUUGUGGCUACGUUUCUCCUGAUGAUCCUGCUGGUGAGAGGGAGCUUGCAGGUGUGUGCCCCAGACUGCACAGGUGUGGACCCAGGGUUCAGCGUGAAGGAUCCCACCGACUGUACCAAGUACUACAUCUGUCUCGACACCUCCGGAGAUGGCAAGCUUGUGGCAUCAUCCGAGUCAUUGUCAUGCCCGGACGGCCAGUUCUUCUUGGAUGAGCACACGAUACCCCGGUGUACCCCUCUGCCCGAAUUCCUCCCUAACACGUGCAAGUCAAUGUGUAAUCCCUGUGUGCCCAACUGCCCCGCUGUAGGAGCUCUUGAGCCCCAUCCCAUCAACUGCUCGAGAUACUAUGUGUGUCUAGAGGACAACCACGUCAUUGAGGAAUCUUGUCCUCCGCAUAAGGGCCAUUUUGAUUAUAAAUUUGGCGAGUGCACCGCAGAUAACACAGUCUGCUACAACUACUGCGACCCCUGUGUGCCUCACUGUACCACCGUCGAUCAACGAGUGGAAGACCCAUACGACUGCACCAAGUUCCACCUGUGUAUCAUGGGUGGCCUGGCGAAUUUCAAGUGUCCUCACCAUCAGGUAUAUAACAGAUACGCUGGCUUGUGUGAGGAGAACGUGUACUGCCUUCCAACUUGCUAAAUCUAACUAUUCUUCGAAGUGAUGACCUUUUUUACUGUAUAUUUUAAGUGAAAUUAAUGAAGAAAGGAGUGGAGAGGUUAGGUGUAAAAAGCUAGGUAAUACAUUGUAAGCAUUUUCAAUACUCAAAUGACCACUUAACUUAUAUUGAAUAACUAAAAUUUAUAAAUCAUGUAAUUAAUGGUUUUUGCUACGUAACAGAUGGUUCGAAAACAAUCAUCUCGGUGUUCUACUUUCACCGUGUUCUGAGAAACCCAAUAAAUACGCUUGUUUUG